UUUUAUUUCAUUCAUGUUACUACGUUUGCAGCUGAUCGAUUCCAACUGCUGCUUCUUAGAAAGGGAAAAAAUUUACAUUAUUGACACUUUGACACAGUUUAAUCUAUGGAAGGCAAAAAUUCAUUCUCUAAACAUCUGCAAGAUGCUGACGUGUUACCUUUAGAAAUUACUUAUAUUCCGGAAUGCGUCUUAGUAAAAAGUGAUCAAGAAUUAAAUCUGCCACAAGAAGAAAGAAACAGUCGGCUUUUGGAGUUGAUUAAACUGUUGGAAGGAAAUAAAGUAUCCAAAGGCAUUGUUUUCCAGCAGGAUUUCCUUCACCGUUAUCUAAUACAUAGCAGAUACGACGUUAACAGGGCAUUUUCAAGAGUUCGAAACUACCUGUCUUUGAAUAAACAUCACAAUUAUUUUUUUCAAAGUAUCAAGUAUGACUUUACAGCACAUCAUUCCUGUAAAUUUAUUACCAUGUUACCUCAUCGCUGUUCAGAUGGCACCAUUACCCUUUUGUAUGAAAUGGGUAAUUGGAACCCCACAGAAACACCUUUCGAAGUUGUUAAGCAAUUGACAUUUAUGACAUACAUGCAGGAGCUUCGAAAUCCUGUAACCCAACUAGCUGGAGUCAACGCCAUUUUUGAUUUCACCCACACAGGCUUUCAACAUCUCAAGUGCUGCACGCCGUACAAUAUUUAUCUAUUGAAUCAUGUGUCGUUUGAAGUUGUACCGGUUAUCUACAGAAAAUAUCACCUAAUUAAUGGAAAUGCUGCCAUGAACACUCUUCUGGCAUUAAUCAAACCUUUCAUGCCAUCAUUCAUGAAAAAAAUUCUCACUAUUCAUUCGUCAUCUGAGGAGUUGCUGAAAUAUUAUCCGCGUUCGAUGUUGCCAACAAAAUAUGGAGGAAGCUUAUCAGAAUAUUACAUGGCUGACAGACUGAAAAAAAUAAAUGAAGAACACGAUAAUUAUAUUGUUGAAGGUCAAAGAAAUACUUUCUGACUUGAAAUUUGUGUUUAUCAGUUUAUGUAAAUUUAUUUUGCAAACCCUUUGCAUGUAAAAAAAAUGGCUGUGAUACUAUUUGUGUAAAUGAAUGCUAUGAUAUUAUUUAAAAUAAAAGUAUGAAUUGUUUGAUGUCA